GGGGAAGGGGAUUUCGAUUUUCGGCUUGGUGAUGGCUGCCGUUAGCGAGCAAUUUUUAAUACUCGGGGUGGGGCGUUCCUUCCAUGGCGACCCUACUACUUAUUGCUCGGCUCCCCACUCGGUGCCCCCGUCUCUCUUUGCGCCAAAGAUCCUACAAACUCGCCCCGCCGCGAAUAAGCAUGGCGUCUUCGUCGCCGCCGUCUGACCCGUCCAUGGAGACAGCAGCGCCGCGCGCGGCUGUUACGGUGGAGAGGAAGCUCAACCCCGACCUGCAGGAGCAGCUCCCCAAGCCAUAUCUCGCGAGGGCUCUCGCGGCGGUGGACCCGAGCCACCGGCAGGGGACCCGGGGGCGCGACCCCCGCGGCAUGAGCGUGCUCCAGCAGCACGCCUCCUUCUUCGACCGCGACGGCGACGGCGUCAUCCACCCCUGGGAGACCUUUCAAGGCCUGCGAGCGAUAGGGUGUGGGUAUCCCGUGUCAUUUGCUGGCGCCAUACUCAUCAACCUCGUCUUGAGCUAUCCUACUCAACCGGGAUGGAUGCCUUCUCCUCUGCUUUCUAUCCAUAUAAAGAACAUUCACAAGGGUAAGCAUGGAAGUGACUCUGAAACAUAUGACACUGAAGGGAGGUUUGAUCCAUCAAAAUUCGAUGCUAUAUUCAGCAAGUAUGGCAGAACCCAGCCAAAUGCUCUGACAAAAGACGAACUGAACUCGAUGCUUAAAGCAAACCGCAACAUGUAUGAUUUCAUUGGCUGGAUUACUAGCUUCGGUGAAUGGAUGCUACUGUACAGCGUGGCCAAGGAUAAAGAAGGGCUGUUGCAGCGAGAAGCUGUUAGAGGCGUCUUCGAUGGCAGCCUGUUUGAGAGACUUCAGGACAGCAAGAAAUCUGCCUGAAUGUUGCAGUGAGCCGUCCUGCUUGAACAAAGGGUUGACAGUAAAUCUAAUAAGAAAAAAAACACGCCUUUGCAUUUGUGUAAUUCAAAUGAAAAUGUUAAUUACCCCAUAACAGUACUUACGAUGUGUGUAAUCCGCCUCAUGAUACGAUCUUAGUUCCAUCUUUUC